AUGUUUGCCUCCACCGUCUUCGUCUCCCUCCUCGCCGUCGCCGCGGCCGUGCCCACCAACCCCCAGGGCCAGUCCUGCGGCAACGGCAACACCGUCCACUGCUGCAACGCCGAGACGGCCAACAAGCUCACCAAGGGCGGCAUCCUCGGUGCCCUCGACCUCUCCAACCUCCUCGGCCAGUGCAACGACGUCACUGCUGCCGUUGCCGGCGGCGCUGUCCCCAUCAAGAACACCUGCAGCUCGCAGGCUGUUUGCUGUGGUGAAAUCCACCAGAACGGCCUCGUCAACCUCGGCUGCACUCCCAUCUUCGUUUAA